AUGGCCACACCAUACGAGGUCGAACACAACAUCAAGACGUCGUCGGCGCCCCGGCGGCGGCGCCAGAUCGACAUGUCCACUUUUACGGCGCACCUCAACAACGUGUCGACCGCCACGGCCGCCGGUGCCCAUGCGGAUGCCACGCACAACAACCCCCACGCCACGCCGACACCGGUCGAUGUCGCCGCCGUCUUUCGGCUCGUGCAAGACCAGAUGCUGACGCUGCUCCCCGACAGCCCCAACGCGGCCAACCGCGACCUGCUCGAGCAGCUCGCCGGGCAGCUGGAGCAGCAGAUUGCCGACCCGCCGCGGGAGAUUACGGGUGUCUCGCAGGAGUACCUGGACACGCUGGACCGCGUGCCGAAGAAGCUGCUCGGCCAGGACGAGUCGUGCCCCAUUUGCGUCGAGCGGUACCUCGACGACCCGUACGCGCUCGUCGUCGAGCUGCCGUGCCACGCAAGCCACCGCUUCGACCUGGAGUGCGUGGGGCCCUGGCUGCUGUCCAAUGGCAACUGCCCGCUGUGCCGGACAGACCUGACAAAGAAGAAGCAGGUGGUCACGCCCGACGACGAGGAGGAGCAGGAGGACGACGGUGGCAUGUUUGGUUAG